UUUCAUCCCCAGUUACAAUUCGUUUCACCAGAUUAGGAUCCUCAUCAACUGUGGCGAUGAGGAUCCUAAUCUGGCACAACAUGCAGCUCGAUGCUCUCUCUGUUCUGUCAAUGAAUGUAUCACAAAAUGGGAAAAAUCUUUCUCUACAAUGGACCUGGCCAUUUCCUUACUGACACCAAGUUUCACUGCAAGCAUUCUGGUGGUAAUUCGUCUAUCACUGGCAACAAUUUCCUUGGCUUUUUCCACGUUUUCAUCCACCCGAGCAGACAUAAGACAUCAGAUGUGUUGUUUAUCUUAUAAGGAUUCUCUUCCAUUCUUAAAUGCUGAAAACCAGUGGAACACUUGUGCACAACUAAGACAAUCAUUCUCAUAAACAAGUAGCAUAUCUUUGUAAACUUCUAAUGCUGUUUUUCCUAAUUUACAGUAAAAUUUUAUCACAACUCUUUGAUCCAUGAUGUUACAUUUGACCGCUGCUACUUGCACAACGUUACUUUCACAGUUGCUGUGUAGGCACUGGCUGAGUCAUCGACACGAUUGAAGUGUCUGCGUGUUCAGCACAAUCUAGCGGGUGAAAUGGUAACUACAUUUGGCAUAUUUCUUGAAAGUAUUCCUGGAAAAAAAAAUCAGUCUCAUUACUUAUUUGGUGCAUUGUGUAUAUAUAUAAAAUUUAAAAAAUUUUUGAAAAUAUAUUAUUUGUUAAAAAUUAUUGAUAUCAUUUUGAAUUCUACUAGAUGGACCUAUAUUUUUAUCAAAGUUAUAUUGUAUGCACUUGCAAAUGGAACUUAUUAUGGAAUGUGGGAUGAAAUCAGUAUAGCUAUCAAGAUAUUUCAAACUCUUGGUUACAUUGAGGUUGUACAUUGUAUUGUAAAAUUAGUACGAAGUUCUCCUUUAAUAACUUUUCUGCAAAUAACUUCAAGAGUUAUGGUAGUUUGGGGAAUCAUAACAUCUGUUCCUGAGGUUGCAAAUACAAUUGGUGUUCCUCUAUUACUGGUAGCUUGGUGUAUGGCUGAAAUAAUACGAUAUUCAUAUUAUGCGACCACUAUUUUAAAUUGUUGUCCAUACAUUUUAAUUUGGUGUCGUUAGAUCCAAACCAGCCACAGUUUUCCAGCAGACAGUUUAUUCAGUGAAUAAACAUUUUUGGAUUAUCUUAUAGCUAUGUCUCUACUUAUCAAAAUUAUUUUGGAGAGGUAGUAUUUUUGAUAUUUUAAGUAAAUUUAUUUAACAAAAAUUAAAGUAAUAUUAAUAUUUUAAAAGAAAUUCAUUAGAAAUCAAGUAGAUAAAACAAUUAGAUCCUUAAAAUUUACUAAGAAAAACUAUCUCAAAUUAUUUUAUUUAAAUUUUUAGUAAUUUUUCUCCUGUCCACAGAACAAAAGGGAAUGCAUGCUGAGGCUGCAUUUGACAUGCUUGAAAACUCUAACAAUUACAUCAAUUUUCUGAAAAGGGCCAUAACUGGAGAUGGGUAUACAGUUAUGACCCUGCAACAAAAGCUGUCUUUGCAAUAAAAAUUACCCUAUCUCCAUGUCCAAAAAAUGCCUAGCAAAGUCAGAGCAAUAUCAAGGCCAUGUUGACUAUCGUCUUCAAUUACAGUAGUGUUGUCCACCACAAGUAUGCAUUUCCAGGCAGACUGAGAGAUGCAGCAAGAAGAAACUGCAGGAUCUGUAGGCAAGUGGUGAAUGGCAGCUUCAUCACCACAUUAUUUCUGUUUAUUCUUCAUAUCUCAUGCAG